AUGAAUUUACAAAAUCAACAUGAAAAUAUUGAAGAUCGAUCAAGUUUAGGAAUAUUUCUUGGUCAUAUUGAUAUAUCAAAAGAUUUUUUAUUAAAUAAUCAAUAUCGUUUAAAAUCAUCUAAUGAACAAAAAGAAAUUUAUCAAUAUUUAAUAGAAAAAAAUUCAUCAUCUAUUUUACUUCUUUAUUAUUUAUCAAAUAUAAGUGAAUAUUUAUUACGUCAAAUAAGUUUUCAUUUAAUUGAAUUUACUUUUAAAAAUAAAUUAUCAAAACAUAUUAUUAAACAUAUUCUUAAAAAUAUACCAAUUGAAUCAAUUAUUCAAUAUUGGCAUAAACAAUCAUUAUAUAAAAUAAAAGAUUUUCCAUGGGAAUUUUUUAAUAUUAAUUCUAUUGAACAAUAUCAUUCAUAUUUAUUUUCAACUUAUUUUCUUUCAUCAUUAACAUAUCGUCAACAAUUAGAUUCAAUUUUUCAUGAUACUAAAUCUUCAGUUAUUGAAUAUUUUCCACAAUUACAAGCAUAUUUAUUACCAUUAUUAGCAAAUAAAAUAAAUGAUUAUAAACAAGCAGAAGAAAAUCGACAAUUAAUUGAAAAAAUUCUUACAAAAAAUGAAUAUAAUCGUUUAAUGAAACAAAAAUUAACAAUGAUUAUUUUACAUCUUUUAUUAACUUAUUCAAAUAAUGAAGAAAAUGAAUUUUAUGAUAAAUGGUCACCAGAACCAAUUUUACCUGCUUAUACAUGGCCAAUAUUAAGUAAUACAUUUGAUUAUAUUAAACAAAUAAUGAAUGGAAAAACAUUUUCAGAACUUUUAAUCAAAUCAGCAGUAAGUAAUAUAAUAUUUAAGAAAGAAAAUUUUAAUUUAAAUAUACAAAUAUAUUUAAUGUAA